AUAAACUUAUAUAUCUCAUCAUUCAUUAUAUCACUACUACUUCUCACCACACCUAUCCCCCUAUCUAGUAUUAACUUUCCCAAAAACACAUCAUACCCCUCAUACGUAAAAUCAAUUAUCUCAUUGUCAUUCUUCAUCAGCCUAAUCCCAACCACCAUGCUACUACUAUCUAACCAAGAGGCAGUAAUCUCCAACUGAAACUGAAUACAUAUCCAAACCUUAUCCAUCAACAUAAGCUUUAAACUAGACUACUUCUCCGUCACGUUUAUAUCCGUAGCACUAUUCGUCACAUGAUCUAUCAUAGAAUUCUCAAUAUGAUAUAUACACUCUGACCCCGACAUGAACAAAUUCAUUAAAUACCUUCUCCUAUUCCUCAUCACCAUAAUAAUCCUAGUCACCGCAAACAAUGCUAUACAACUCUUCAUCGGCUGAGAAGGAGUAGGAAUUAUAUCUUUCCUACUAAUCGGAUGAUGACUGAGCCGAUCAGACGCAAACACCGCAGCCCUACAGGCAAUCUUGUAUAACCGAAUUGGUGAUAUUGGAUUCAUUAUCUCCAUAGUAUGGUUUAUAACAAACCUCAGCUCAUGAGAAAUACAACAACUAUUCAUUAUACAAGACGAAAUAAACUACAUCCCCUUACUAGGCCUCCUACUGGCCGCAACUGGCAAAUCCGCCCAAUUCGGCCUCCACCCGUGACUACCUUCCGCAAUAGAAGGGCCCACCCCAGUAUCAGCCCUACUUCACUCCAGCACUAUAGUGGUAGCCGGAAUCUUCCUAAUAAUCCGAUUCUAUCCGCUAAUCCAACACAACCAAACAAUCUUAACUAUAUCAAUGUGUUUAGGAGCGACCACAACACUAUUCACCGCCCUGUGUGCCCUCACACAGAACGACAUCAAGAAAAUCAUCGCAUUCUCAACCUCUAGCCAACUAGGACUAAUGAUAGUCACCAUUGGCAUCAACCAACCACACCUAGCAUUCCUCCACAUCUGCAUACAUGCAUUCUUCAAGGCCAUGCUAUUCAUAUGCGCCGGUUCAAUUAUCCACAACCUAAACAAUGAGCAAGAUAUCCGAAAAAUAGGAGGACUGUUCAAAAUGCUACCCUUUACCUCCUCCUCACUAAUUAUCGGAAGUUUAGCCCUAACAGGCAUACCUUUCUUAACAGGGUUUUACUCCAAGGACCUAAUCAUCGAAUCCGCAAACUCAUCGUACAUUAAUGCCUGAGCCCUAUUAAUUACGCUAAUCGCCACAUCCCUAACAGCCGUAUACAGCAGCCGAAUUGUGUUUUACGCACUACUAGACCACCCCCGAAGUACAACAACGCUUAACAUCAAUGAAAACAACCCUCUAUUAAUCAAUCCCAUCAAACGACUAGCAAUGGGCAGUAUCUUAGCAGGCUUCAUCAUCUCAAACAACAUUCCCCCCACAAGCAUCCCUCAAAUAACCAUACCUACCUAUAUUAAACUAUCAACACUCAUAGUUACAGCCCUAGGACUUAUAACAGCAAUAGAAUUAAUCAUUAUAAGCCACUACUUAAAAAACAAAUACCCUAAUAAAUUAUUUAACUUCUCAAACAUGUUAGGGUACUUUACUCCCACCGCCCACCGCUUUAUACCUUAUAAAAAACUAAUAAUAAGUCAAAAUCUAGCUUCCUCUUCCAUAGACGCAAUUUGAUUAGAAAAGUCAGCCCCUAAAAAUGUAUCUGAUAUUCAAUACACCGCAUCAAUAUUUACAUCAAACCAAACAGGAUUAAUUAAACUCUACUUUCUGUCAUUCCUACUAUCUUUCAUAGUAGCUCUAAUCCUAUCUACCUAG